AUGAACAAAGAAAUGUCAUCUCUUGAACUUAAAGUUGAUGCUCUGAGAAGUCAGCUACAGGAUAUUCAUGAGAAUUUGAAGAAUAAUAUGUUUGAUGAUACCUUGAUCACAACUGAAAAGGAUGUCAUAUUACAAAUCCAGAAGUGGGAUGCCAUACAUGAACAAGUAUUGAGACAAAAAUCCAGGGCAACAUGGAUAGCACAUGGAGACUCAAACUCUAAGUAUUUUCAUGCACAUCUCAGGGCCAGACCGUCCAUAAAUAGAGUAGCCUCCAUCUGCAAUGAACAAGGGUUAUUGGAAACAGCUGCAGCAGAAUUACCUUAUAUUGACCCCACCAUAGCAAGGGAUGGACCUUGUCUUAAUCCUGAACAACAAAGACAGAUGACAGUGCCUAUUACAAGAGAAGAAAUCCUCACUACACUGCAUAGCUUGCCAUGUGACAAGUCCCCUGGCACUGAUGGUUUCCGUGUAGAGUUCUUCAGAGAAAAUUAG